AUGUCGCUGGCACACACCGCUGCAGAGUACAUGCUCUCUGAUGCCCUGCUGCCCGACCGCAGAGGCUCCCACCUCAAAGGUCUGCGCCUGGAGCUGCCCCUGGACAGGAUGGUCAAGUUCGUCGCUGUAGGCUUUCCCUUGUUGCUGAUGUCCCUGGCGUUCGCCCAGGAGUUCUCCUCCGGGUCUCCAAUGAGCUGCUUCGCUCCCAGUAACUUCAGCGUGCAGCAGGCUGCUUACGUGGACAGUUCCUGUUGGGACUCACUGGUUCACCAUGAACAGGACGAGGCCGGCAAGUACAAGACAAAAUCCCUCUGGCCCCACAAGGCGCUACCCUACUCCCUAAUGGGCCUGGCUGUUGCCAUGUACCUGCCAGUGCUGCUGUGGCAGUGUGCGGCCGUGCCGGCCCUCAGCUCGGACCUGCUGUUCAUCAUCAGCGAGCUGGACAAAUCCUACAAUCGCUCCAUCCGCCUGGUGCAGCACAUGCUGAAGAUCCGGCAGAAGAGCUCCGACCCCCAUGUCUUCUGGGAUGAGCUGGACAAGGCCCGGAAAGAACGAUACUUUGAAUUUCCCUUGCUAGAGCGGUACCUGGCAUGUAAGCAGCGCUCACAUUCACUAGUGGCCGCCUACCUCCUAAAGAACUCCCUCCUGCUCCUCUUCACGGCGGCCAUUUACCUGUACCUUGGUCAUUUCCACCUGAGUAUCUUCUUUCAAGAAGAAUUCAGCUGUUCCAUCAAGACAGGGAUGCUGCAUGAUGCGACCCACGUCCCCGACCUGAUCACAUGCAGGCUGACCUCCUUGUCUGUUUUCCAGAUUAUCAGCCUCUCUAGUGCAGCAAUAUAUACCCUCUUGGUUCCAGUGAUAAUAUACAACCUCACACGACUAUGUCGGUGGGACAAACGACUCCUAUCCAUCUAUGAGAUGCUCCCAGCUUUUGAUCUCCUCAGCAGAAAAAUGCUCGGAUGCCCCAUCAAUGACCUCAACGUGAUCCUUCUUUUCCUCCGAGCCAACAUCUCUGAGCUCAUCUCUUUUAGCUGGCUGAGUGUCUUGUGUGUGCUGAAGGACACAACCACGGAGAAGCAUAACAUUGACACAGUGGUUGACUUCAUGACUUUACUGGCUGGCUUAGAACCCUCAAAACCUAAACAUCUCACCAAACGGGUAUGUGAUGAACACCCAUAG